UGUGGAUGAAGCCCAAUGUGGGACACUUGGGGAAAUUUCGUCCGAUCUGGCAGGCGUGACGUCACUCUCACAUGAAAGAGACUCGACCCGAGAAGAAGAAAAACACGAAAGCAAAACAACCCACAAGAAAUAGGGGGAAGAUCACCAAGGAACCACGACCUCCCUCCCCCUCACACACCGACGGAAGCAAGAACGACCCAAAACACAAGUAAAACGCCAUUAAUACAAGAUGUCAGCCACGCUAGAGACGUUCGGCGUGCCUCAAAAGAAGGCGUCGGACAUCGAGAUCCUGAAACCGCUCAAGAACCUUAUUACUUCGAGGUACCAGACGGCCGAGCAGGAGAGUUACAUCGGGGCCAUCAACGAGCUCGCUAAAUUGAGGACCAACGCCGUCGCCAAGAACCUAGAGUGCCAUGAGUCCUCCCUCGACGUCGUCUACAGGUAUUAUGAUCAGAUAGUGGCCUUGGAGUCGAAGAUCCCUGCUUCAGAGAUCCAGAUCCCAUUCAAGUGGAAAGAUGCGUUCGACAAGGGAUCCAUCUUCGGAGGAAGAAUUAGUCUUACCGUUUCAUCCCUCUCCUACGAAAAGGUGUGCGUGCUCUUCAACAUUGCGGCAAUGCAGAGCCAGGUCGCGGCAGCCAAGAACGCAGACUCCGAGGAGGAGAUGAAGCUGAGUGCCAAGCUCUUCCAGAGUGCUUCCGGAAUCUUCUCGCACCUGAAGACGGUCGUGUACUCGGCUCUGCAGCAGGACCCCACCCCAGACCUGCAGCCCGAGACCCUGUCAGCCCUCGCCUCCCUCAUGCUGGCCCAGGCGCAGGAGGUCAUCACCGUUCAUGCUAUCAGGGGACGGAAGAAGGACGCCAUCAUUGCCAAGCUCUGUGCCCAGUGCGAGGACAUGUAUGGCGAAACCCUAAAGCUGUUCCAGAGAGAGAGCAUCAAGCAGCUCUGGGACCGUGAGUGGAUCCCUCGCAUCUCUGGCAAGCAGGCGGGGUAUGCGGGCCUUGCAGAAUACCAUCAGAGCAGAGUGUGCAAUAAUGACAAAUCAGUUGGUGAGGAGAUUGCACGUCUGAACAAAGGCUUGGAGAUGUUCAAGGCAGCACAGGCACGAUCAGGAGACUUAACCAUGUUUGCAGACAACCUGGGGCGGGCCAAGAAUUGCCUGGACGAAGCGGUGAAGGACAAUGAUUUCAUUUACCAUGAAAGAGUUCCUGAUGUGAAGACAUUGAGUGCCAUUGCCAAAGCAGCCCUAGCUAAGCCCACCCCCUUGCCAGAGAGAUUCAGCACCACCUUCACCGACCUGUUUGAGACUCUCGUUCCUGUCUCGGUGCAGCAGGCCCUUGUGGCCUAUGACACCCGCAAGCAGGAGCUGGUGUCCUCAGAGAUUGGCAAGCUCCGGGAGAGCACACAGCUGCUGAACUCCAUCUUGGCUUCUCUCAAUCUGCCAGCUGCCAUUGAGGACGUGGGUGGGGAGAAGGUGCCCCAGUCCCUCAGGGAGAAGUCCAGCUCUGUGGUUGAGCACGGAGGAUGCGAGGCCCUGCAGAAGAUGAUCUCAGAGCUGCCCGACCUCCUGACCAGGAACAAGGAGCUGCUGGAGGAGUGCGAGCGUUCGCUGAAAGAAGAGCAGGAGUCGGACAGCCAGUUACGCACCCAGUUCAAGGAGCGCUGGACCCGCACCCCCUCGGAGAACCUCACCACUACCUUCCAGACAAAUGCGGAGAAGUACAGGAAAGUCAUAGAUACGGCCAUGAGCGCAGACACGACAAUCCGGGAGAAGUACGAGUCCCACAAGGAAGGCAUGGAGUUGCUGUCGGCUGGACCAGAGGACAUUGCCGGGGCUCUCCCCUCGGCCAGCUCAACCACCGAUGGCAGUGACCCGGCUGUCGUCAGGCUCAAGAAGCUCAUGGAGGAUGUGGAAACGCUCAAGUGAACACUGACUGAGAGUGCAAAUUGCGAACUGAAGAGUGCAACCAUUGACAUGAAGAAUGUGUUCCUCAACGCACUGGCCCAGGAUGGCGCCAUUAAUGAGCAGGGAAUGUCAGCAGAGAGCCUGGGCCGCGUCUUUGGUCCCCUCCAGAAACAGGUCAAGGAGAGCAUAGAGCGGCAAGAGGAGUUGGUCAAGAACAUCCAGGAGGCCCACAAGGACUUCAGCCAUGCAGUGUCUGGGGCGGGAGGUGACCGCGAGGCCAUGAUGAAGAAACUGGCCUCAGCCUAUGACAAUUUCAUUGUGCUGCGCAGCAACCUCACAGAGGGCACCAAGUUCUACAAUGACCUCACACAGUUGCUGGUCAACUUCCAGACCAAGAUCAAUGACUUCUGCUUUGCCAGGAGGACUGAGAAGGAGGAGCUGCUGCGGGAUCUGACACAGGGCCUGGCCAACCAGAACUUAGGAUCAGCACCCAACCAGGAUCCUUACUCAGGAUCAGCAGCGCACCAUCCAGCAGGCCAGGCCAAGUCUCCCCCUCCUCCCCCUCCCCCAGCAGUCAACCCCUACCAGGGUGCACCCCAGAUGCCACAGGCACCCCCAGCGCAAGCACCCCCAGGCCAGCCUCCCAUUCCUGGGGCCCCUCCUGCUGCAGGUGCAGUGCCCCCACCCUACGGCGCCCCACAGAACCUGCCCUACCCCAUCAACCCCUCAGGGAUGCCCACCCCGCAGGGCUACGUGUACUCCAGCUACCCUGUCUACACUCCAAUGCCUCAGGGAUACAACCCAUACUUCCAGCAGCAACCUGGCUAUGGCACGGCACCCUACCCACAGCAGCCCUACACUGCCUACCCCUUCCCUCCUCAAGCACAGCCUCCACAACAGCAGCAGUGGCCCCCUCAGUAAAGGUACCGCAGUAUGCUCCUAGGUCACAAGCCCUCACUGUUCAUGUUGCCGUCAGUGUAAUGAUUCCUUUUUUUUUUUCUUUUUGUAACUCAUUCUACCGAACUGAGUGAGGGUUUGUCACUCCCAAGUCCUGACAGUGGUCCACCGGUGAUAACGCGAGGGUGCUGUUUUAAUGUUAUCGUUUCCUAUGGCCAAUAAAUAUCACAUGUAUUGUAAGCUGCUCCUCUCCUUUUUUUUUUUUUUUUUUUUUUUUAAGUUGUAUGUGAUGUUGGGUAGAUUUAUCUUUUUUUAUUUCAAGGUUUAAUCCUCUCCCUAAGUGUAUUUUCUACUGCCUGCUGUAUUGAAGAAUGCUGUCCUGAGUAACUGAUAAGUUUGUAUAUGCAUUGCUUGGAGAGUAGAAACUUUGUGUCUGCUCAUUUCUACCAUUUUUUUCUAUGUUAUAGUAGUUCUCCUGUGCGCAGUUUCAUGUGUAGGGAGAACUGCCGGGGGUUGUACGGGAGCAUGUUGCUCUUUUCCAUAUAAUAAUUAGGAUUUAUGAAAGUGGUACUUGCCUUCAGGAAGGGAACCUGUCCAUAUUGCCCCUUCAGUGAUAACACAUUUUUUAUUAAUUUCUCUUACACGUGCCAGAAGCAUUAUGUUAGCUUUGCAAUAAUCAUGAUGAUUAAUGCCUGCCAAGUGAAGAUCAUGCUUUGCUUGAUGUUAAAGAAGAAAAUAGGUAUUACUUUCCUGAUGUACUGAAUAUAAAUUGUAUAGAAUUAUAAAUACAAGGAAAAUUAUUAAAUAUAUGUGAAAUUAUAUAAAUGCAUGUUUUUAGUUUCCUUGUUUAGUAGUUUUUCUUUAUGGGGUAGAAAAGCAUUCAUUAUUGAACACUUUUUUUUUUUUUUUUGGUGUGUAUGGCUGCCUUGAUGGGCCAGAGAGGCGUGUCGCAUGAAGAUGUGUUAUUUUGUGCAUGCGAGGAAUAUGUUUUUGUAUCUGUUAAAAGAAAAUAUAGCACAUCCCUUGAUUAUAAAUAUAUGUGACUGGAAUCACCUUCAAACCUGCACUUUAAUACAAGCUCUGGACUGAGAUGGUGGUAUUUAGGUAAGUUACUGCAGAAAGGUAGCUAAAAGAGACUUUUCAAAGGAAGAACCUGUUCUUCAUAAUUAGAUAAAACUGGUAAAAGAGAAGGAUGAAUAGAAAAUGUGUGAUUUCCCUUCUUAUUCUCUUCAUAAAAUAAGAAAAUAUGCACAAAUUAAGUGAAAUUUCACCUUUGCUUUUAAUGUAAUAAUGUAUCUCCAGUGGCUCCAUUAUCUUAAGAUAUGUGACAUUGGAAGUGCAUUUAAAACAAUCCACUGUGUUCAAGGAAAUUCAAAAUCUUCCAAUUUGAGAGUAAGGAGACCAGUUAACCUGUAGUUCUAAAGAAGGCAUGCAAAACACACUAUAAUAUGACCCCCCCAAAAAGUGUCCAUAUUAUUCAUAACAGAAUUAUCCAAAUAGAAUGACUUUAUAAAAUUCCCCCUAAGGUGUUAAGGGUAUUCAUAUUAUACAAACCUUGUGAGAAGGAAUAGAGUUGAGAUAAUUGUCUGUUUAGUUAAGGCAAAUAGACAUGAUUUUCUCAUCUUGUUUGCACAUGAAGUUCAGAAAUUAACAGUCCUUUGGGGUUAAAGGUUAAGAUAACCAAAUUAAUGGUAAGAUAUUUAAAGAAAGAAAGUAGUAUUGAAAGAGAAACACUAUUGUUAACAAGCAAAAACUUUUUUCGCACACUUUCCUAAAGAGUAGUUUGGAGCUAAUCUGUCAAUAAACCAUGUCUUGCAGUUUGUAGAUGAAAGUAAUAUGGGGAUGGUAAAAUAUGCAAUCAAAAGCUUUAGACAUAGAAGUGAUAUAUAUAUAUAUAUGGGUAGUUAAAUAUUGUGUAAGAGACUAACUCAGUUGAUACAUGCUGUUGCAGACUAACUGAAAUUUGAAGUUUUGUUAAAUCUUCUUAGAUUUUCUUUGUUUUUGUGAAGAAAUAAUGGAAUGAAGGAGUGAUGAACCAGUGUUUAGGUGAGCUUUUUCCUUGCUCUUUGUGUUAUAUAUGGCAAUGAUUAAAGCAACUUUAUAAGUAGAUAAGGGAAAUAGAAAAGUAUGCAAUUGAAUAUUAUAAAGUGAAUAAAGAUAAUAGAUUGACAAAAGAUUAGUUAUUGAUCUCUUAGGUAACUGAUGAGCUGGUAUUCAUAUUACAUCUAUUGUUUCUUGCAGAUAAAGGCAAAGAUACUGUUACUCAUUUUCAAUUACCAACGAAAAUCUUGUAUAUCAUUUGCUACACAAUACUGACAUGUGAUCUGGUAACAUAUUCCUAUAAUAUUCUGUAAAGGGAGAUAUAGUUUAAAUAGAAUUGUGCCUUUACAAAUAUUGCAAAUCUGCAUUUUGACUUUGAGCUUAAUUGUCUUACUUUUUAAUUAUUUUUGGUUAGUAUUAGAUUGCCUGGACUGUGUUUAGUAGCAUGAUGUUAUAAGCCACUGCAUUCUGGAAGUUAAUCUUUGUUUUAUAUGGAUUUAUUGCCAUUGUAGCCAACUGUUGAUAGCCUUCAUAAUAUCUGUAAAUUCAGAUUAAUUACAGAUUUCAUUAUGCUUGUUUUUGCCUUUCAUUUAUGUUUGUUGGAAGAGCAAAAUAUAACUUUCUUUUCCCGUCUUUUCUGUAUUUUUGUUACUUCAUGAUCUAUGUAAUUCCAUAUUCAUAGAUGUCUAAGUUGCUUCCAAUAACAUUUUGAUAGCAUUA